ACUGGCUUCUCUACAGGUUCCGAUGUCAACACUUUCAGUCCAUCAACCGAGUCAGAGAGCGGUAUCGAUACCCGUACUCUAGACACAACCACCAACACCCAGAGCAAACCUACCACCGCAAAUGAGUUCACCGUCCCGACCUUGGACCCAUCCACCGGAUCAGAGAGCCAUGUUCCCACUCUUACCUUCAACCCGACCACGAGCGCCGUGCACCCUAUAACCGCAAGCGACCUCUCCACUGCAAGCUCUUUGCCAACUGGCUCACGCGUCUGCCCCGUUGGGGCCCCACCUCCCGGCUACUGCACAUCCGUCCAGCCAGAAGUAACACAGAUGGUCUCCUUGCCCGGAAUCCCACAGGAAACUGACAAUGAUCGACCUACCGCCCCUCGAGCCUGCUGGGCCUUUGGCAAAGCAAAAUCCGGUACAUGGGGCCGCACAAAGUCAAGCAACCCUCGACAGAACUCCAUCGCAGACUGUGCCCUGCUGUGCAAGCAAGAAGGUUCUGCUUGCAAGGCCUUUGCGUUGUAUGACCUUGGUCAAGACACUUCCUGCUGGUUUCUUUCCGACAGACUUGGCGUAGUUGGCAUCGAUCUAAACAAGCAGAAUUCUUUGAUGUGGAAUGAUUUCGAUUGCUUCGAGUGUCAUGAUUGCGAUGUUAAGAACCCAGCGGAUGUUGAGACGACUUCGGUUGCGCCAUCAACAACCUCUCUUCCAGAAAUCACCACCUCCGCUGCUCCCUCUGUCCCAACCGCCUGCCCCCACUGUCAUCUACAGAGCUCUCCAUCUUCAGACCUCGUCUGCGAGAAGAUCGGUAACCUUGGCACUGUUGAUCUCCAGCCUUAUGCCAACAACGACUUUGAUCAGUCCACUAUGCAGACAACUUCAGAGCAGUGCGCGACUAUCUGUUUCCUGCUGAAGGAUUGCGCUGCCUCGGCAUAUGAUUAUGCGCGCAAGAGGUGUAUAUUUACCAACACCGCUAUUUCAAGCAGCGCGUUCCAGGCGGCUGAAGUUCAGAACCCUUCUGCUUACAUUCUCCCAUGGAGCUCUAAGGGUUGCUGGUCGUGCUCCAAUGACUGUUCGGCUAAGGAUGAGACUACUAGCCAAGCUCUCAGCUCUACUGAACAUACUGUCGAGCACACGACAAUAACUCCAACUCGAACUGAACCUCCUACAACCUUCAUCUCCUCUUACGCCCCAACCACCACCGAGUCUUCCAUGCCUCAAUGCACGCUCGCUCUAUCCGAUGGAUGCACUUUUGAUCAGAACAACUAUGAUUACUCUCAGUGUAGCAAAUCGGGAACUUUGAGAAACACUUUCACACUCAGAGAUGAUGAAUAUCCCUGGCAGCUCGGCAUCAACAAUUAUCAGAACUGCGUAGCUAUGUGCAAUCAAAUGCCCGGCCGCUGCAAGGCUUCCGCAUGGGAUCAAAACCUACAAACAUGUGUCUUCUCCUCUAGCUCUAUCUUCAGUUCCUCAUUCACCCCCGGUAAUGAUGACGGUUCUCAGAACUGGAGUGAGCAAAGUUGCUUUCUAUGUUUCUGCCACGACCAAGAUCGCGAUGAAUACUCCGCGUCACUAAGAACUGCACUACCCUCUGCGACUUGCACUCCUAGCAUCACAAGCGAGGAUGCCGUUUGUCAGCUCAAGCAGGGUGUUGACAGCGAUUUGAUCUGUCAACAUCAGGGUUACUUCCCUUGGUCUUGGGACGAGGCACCUUCCAAGUUUCCCAACCAGGAUUCUGAGGAGCGAUGUGCGGCUCUUUGUAGCUCGAACCCCGAUUGUAUAUCGUCGGGUUGGUCUGAAGAGUAUGGCAAAUGCGCUUUAGCAGGUUUCGAACUCAAGUAUAUCACGUGGCAGCAGUCUGGUGAUACAUUGUUGAGUUGGAGUGAUAAGGGCUGUUGGGACUGUUCUGACUGUAUUAAGAGUCAGAGAUGGCGAAUCAUUAAUUAAUGUGUGAUCUUGGUAGGCGAUACUGGUGAAGAGACGGCGGCUGGAUGAAGUUAGUAUUGCUUUGAUAGACCC